GCGUCGUAACAUUUCGAUUCGCGAAGAAGAGGGAAGAAAUAGAAGAGAGAGAGAGAGAGAGAGAGAGAGAGAGAGAGAUGGGGAGUUGGAGGCGCAUUUGGGAGGACGAUGGAUGUGCGAGGAGUAGCAGCAACGCUGCAGAUCGACACAGGGCGGUGAUGGAGCUCGACACCGAUGGCGUCUUCGUCAAUGAUGAUCCGCUGAGGAGGAUCAGAGUGGAGGCGACUGGUAAUGGGAGGCAAGAUCGGCCGGUUACCAAGAAGAUCACGCUGGUUACCAAGCGCAAGGCUGAGAUUACUGUUUCCUCUGCCUCAGGUAGGUUUGUUCCUCUCUCGCCACGCCACGAUUCAGCCCAUGGGGUGUGCUCUCUCUCUCUCUCUCUCUCUCUCUCUCUCUCUCCUGUAAUAUAUUGACAUCACCUCUUACAUUGAUUUUUUGUUUUCUUUUGAGACAUUGAUUUUUCCCUCUCUUGAUUUGCAGGAUCUGGAGAUCAAAUUGCGCUUAGCGCUGCUGAUAUGUGAGUUGUUUGAAUCCUGAGAACUUUGUUUCUCUUCUUACUGGUUUUUAUUGUUUUGGUUA